GUUGUCUGGGUUUCGGCCUGUGAUUGAUGAGUUUUUUUUUCCUCUUCUUUUUAUUAACCUGCUUGCGCAAGAUCUAUAUUGCGUUUUCUUAUUACUCCAUCAUUCAUCAUCAAGGAUGACGCUCUUGAUUGUUGGGGCGUGCUAGAGCCAUCGAUAGCUACAUUCUCUCUCUCUCUUUUUUUUUUUCCUUCUUUUUCCUUUUUUCUUCUUCUUGUCUAGCUGUCCGGGGCUAGGAUUUUUACAUACUAAUAGCUUAAGCCCGGACUUCCAAUCUGGCUUUAAUACCUAAUCCAUUCAUUUCCAUACCACGUCAACCCAGGUUUUGGCAACGUGACCGUUUCCACCGAGCCCACUCGAGUCCGCGUGCAACUCCCCGAAACAAUACUUACAGUCGUUACGUGCUUGAACGAGCCGAAUGAUCCGCCAUUUCUGUCUUCGCCACCAACUUCAACAAUUGGUAUAUAUGUGUUAGGCACCAUCGUGAUAACAUCUGUCAAAUUUACUUCUACCUACCAGGUAGCUUAUCCGCCAACCUUUCAUUGCUUUUCGCGACCAUGGCCGACGGCAAGCCCGUCGAAGAGGCACGGCCCUCCGCCGUUGCAAAGCCCAAAUCUACUAAAGAGAAAGAAUUAUACCCCAUGUCCGACUGGAAAUACGACGCCUUCUUGCAUACAUUUUCCGUUCUCGUAGACCUAUUCUUCCGCGAAGUCCAUCCGAGAGGCGCAUGGAGAGUACCAAGGACCGGGCCUAUUCUCUUCGUCGCCGCGCCGCAUGCGAACCAAUUCGUCGACGGCUUAGUCCUCCAACGGACGCUAAAAAUGGAAGCCCAGCGGCGCGUAGGCCUACUCAUCGCUGAGAAAUCUGUGCACGGCUUCAUCGGAUGGGGUUCCCGCCAGACUGGCUCCGUCCCUGUCGGUCGAGCGCAGGAUAAAGCGAAACCCGCUUCAGGUGUCAUCUAUCUUCCCGAUCCCAUCAAUGAUCCAACCUUGGUCCGAGGCGUGGGCACGGACUUCGAAAAAGAAGCCGAGGUUGGCGGCAUGCUGUUUUUGCCCUCUGUGAAGGGCCAGUCGGGUAGCUCGAUCGACAUAUCCAAGAUCAUCGGACCUGAGGAAAUUCGAAUUAAGCGGCCGUUCAAGGGAAAGGUUCCCCUGCAGCAACUAACCGGUCGAGACGAUAUCGACGAGAAGGGAAAUCUUACUAAUAAGGAAUUGAUGGGCCCGAAAGAUGGCUUUGAGGGUACCAAGUUCAAGCUGGCUCCCCAUAUCGAUCAAACUGAGGUUUACAAGGCGGUUUUCACUCGUCUAAGAUCGGGCGGCUGUAUUGGAAUUUUCCCUGAAGGAGGCAGCCAUGACAGGACGGAAUUGCUACCUCUAAAGGCUGGUGUCGCCAUUAUGGCGUUGGGCACUUUGGCUGAAGAUCCCGACUGUGGACUGCAAAUUGUUCCUGUUGGGAUGAACUACUUCCAUGCCCACAAGUUCCGGUCACGGGCUGUGGUUGAAUUUGGAGCCCCCUUCCAAAUUCCGAGAGACCUGGUUGAGAAAUACAAGAACAACGAGAGGAGAGAUGCGAUUGGCCAGACGCUUGAUAUGGUACACCAAGCUUUGAGCGCCGUUACGGUAUCGGCUCCGGAUUACGAUACCUUGAUGUGCAUCCAAGCAGCCAGGCGACUAUACAAUACUGGGAAGAAGCUACCUCUGCCCAUGGUGGUGGAACUGAACAGGAGAUUAGCCGUCGGCUUCUCUAAAUACAAGGAUGACCCACGCAUUAUCGAUCUGAUGAACAACGUCAAGGAUUACAACAAGCAGCUCCGCUACCUCAACAUCAAGGACCACCAAGUGGCCUAUGCUAAGAUGACUCUCCCGAUAGUUAUUGUCACUCUUCUAUAUCGGAUUAUCAAGCUCCUAGUUCUUUCCAUCGGUGUGAUCCCCGGCCUUGUUCUUUUCGCGCCCGUCUUUGCCGCAGCUAAAAUCAUUAGCAUUAAAAAGGCCAAAGAAGCGCUAGCGGCUUCGUCAGUUAAGGUUCAAGGCAAGGAUGUCAUGGCCACAUGGAAACUCCUUGUGGCCAUGGCUUUUGCGCCCGUGCUCUACAACCUAUAUUCCAUUUUGCUCUCAUUUAAGGUGUACCAAGAUCACCUAUGGGGCUACGUACCGGAGUGGGUGCCGUUCUGGUUAGUAUUCAUUGCCGGCUGGAUCGUCUUCCCGGCUAUCACAUUUGCCGCUUUGCGUUUUGGCGAAGUUGGUAUGGACAUAUUCAAAUCUCUCAGACCCCUCGUUCUGUGCAUCAGCCCAACAUCUGGCUACAGCAUCCAUAACAUUAGAGAGCGGAGAGCGGAGCUAUCCGAAAAAGUAGUCAAGGUCAUCAACGACCUUGGCCCCGACAUGUACGAAGACUUCGAACAGACGCGUCUGGUCACAGACCCGCGCGCGAACGGAGCGAUCUCGCUCAAGGAAGCCAGCGUUCCGGAUAAGACGGAGCCGACGCCGCCGGACUCUCCGCACCUUUCGAGGAAGAAUACCACAAGAUCGAGCCAGGCCAUCCCAAGAAACGAGUCCUUCAGCAAUAUCGGCGCUAUCGGUAUGUUCGCGACGCGCCCGCCAUCGCGGUCUAGAAGCCGCAGCAGCAGCAGCGGAGGCGGCUUCGGGUCCGGCGGGUUCCCGGUGUCGGGGUUCACGGCGCUGGAUACUAACGAAGGGUUCAACGAGGCGAGCAAUAAGAUCAGGGCGGCAAUGAAGCAGAGGGGGCAGCUGAGGCGGAGGAAGAGUGGGUUUUCGUCGGAUGGGGAGGGGAGCGAGGGGACUUGAGGGAGACUUGGGAUUUUUUUUUCUCCAUAGUUCACAGGGUUUGAUUCUUGGUUGUGUACCUAAGAUAAUUUGACUUGGACUGGACUAAAAAUGAAAGGUCUAGACGGAUAAGUCUGGGUUAGAAAGGAAAGGAGGAAGGAGUUGAGCACUGUAAUGUGGUAGGUUUUUCAUUUUUGAACUACUAAGAAUUGUUGUGUGCGAGAAAGAGAAACAGGAGUAAUGUAUACCCGAAAGUACAGUACGUUGUUGGGCAGGUAGACUGUCGUUGUCGUCUAUGCGGCUGCUACUCGAUCACGAGAAGGAUAGGAGGAAGAGGAUGGAUGUAAUGACAAUGCGAUCUCAACUUUGAGUGUGUUUAUAUGCGUGAUGCUUGGCUGCGAGUUGCAUACAUACGAGGAGGUAUGAGUUAUAGUUGAAAGCACUAGUUACGAGGUUGUGGUAAUGUUCAGGCUUGGGGGCUCGACAUUUAUAUACCUACAGACUAUUAUAUGUAUACGAAUAUAAAAGCUAAAAGUUUGUCCUGAAGUCCGACUUGGCUACAGAGGAAUUCCCUGACCAAUCGAGGGAGUCCUUG